GUGAGACACUGAGAUAUACUCAUCAUCAGUCAGUAGUGGAAUCUUUUUUUCUCAACGAAGAAGAAAAAAAAAAUGAAAAUGGAGAAAGCUUCACUAUUCAUCAUCUGUUUUCUAUGUGUAAUUGUCUUUUGUAAUGGUAUUGAAACACCUCAAUUCACAGUGAUUCAUACGGAGUCUGAUUUUGAGGUUAGACUUUACAGAGAUUCAUCAUGGAUGUCAGCUCCUGUUCGAGAAAUGUCUUUCGAAAAAGCUACUAAACUAGGCUUUCACAGGUUGUAUCAAUACAUUCGUGGUGCUAAUUUAAAUUCUUCUGAACUUCCGAUGACUGCUCCUGUUUUAACAAGCAUCAACCCGAAGACACGUGAGUCAGAGUAUAUUGUGAGGUUGUUCCAGUAUAUCCAAGGUGCCAAUUUGAACAACUCUAGGAUCUUGAUGACUAGUCCUGUUCUAACAAGCAUUGUCCCUGGCGCCGGACCCCUUCACUCAUCCGCCUACUUCGUACGAUUCUAUUUGCCAUUAAAGUUUCAAAAAAACCCACCCCUUCCCCUUCCUGAACUGAAACUUCAACCUGACGCAUGGGCAAGCCACUGCAUCGCUGUCAGAAAAUUUUCAGGCUUUGCAAGGGAUCAUAACGUCAUUAAGGAAGCUGAGAAAUUAGGUGUCAGCUUGAGCAGGACUAAGUGGGCAAACUCGACUUCUUCCGAAAGUAACUACGCUUACUCAAUUGCACAGUAUAGCCCCCCCUUUCAGUUUAAAAGGCGUGUGAAUGAAGUCUGGGUGGAUCUUGAUGGAUCAAAAGCUGAGGGAUGUCAUUACAACAGCUUAGCUGCAUACUAAAGUAGAGAGGGAAAAGUCAAAUUUGAUGCUCCGUAAGAUACAUUUCUACUUGUUUGUCACUAAUGUUUGUCACUAAGGAAGCUCCCGUGAAACCUUUUCCAUCAAUUUCAUUGUAUAUUUACAGUUUCCAUCAUCCCUCAGAAAGAGAAUGCUAUUCAGUCGUGUUAUGUUGUUAAACGUAAAUGUUUUGUCAAUCUGCUUGCUAACC